AACGGACUUGACAGAUAUGUAUCUUAGUCGGAGAAUGCAGAGCGGUAGUUACGCGGUGUAUAGGCAGGGACUUGCGGAGGUUAUACAAACAUAUAACAAAGUUGAGAGGAAGACAUGUAUGAAUCCAUGUCGGACGAUUACUCUAUUUGGAAGAGAAUGUAGUAAUCAAAUGAGUCCACUAAGUCUGAAGUUAUCAAAUCCGGUUAAUGCUGGGAAGUACUCUAAGAUGCAAUCUUCUCCGUCAAACCCAUGGUUUAAUCUUCCCUCUUGGGGAAGAUGGCUUAUAGGUUCUGCGAUUCCCGUGGUGUUAUCUUUCUGGAACAAUAAUAGGAUGCAGAAACUGAAACGGAUCAAAGGGGAGGCGGAAUUGGUGGUGGAGGGGAUGGAGGCUGUAGCAGAAAUGGUAGAAAAAGUGGCAACGGCAACUGAAGACAUGGCUGAAGUAAUGGAAAAGAAUCUGCCUGAGCAAAGUAAACUUAAGCAAGUGGCUGUGGUUCUGGAACAUAUUUCAGAGGUUGCUGCACACGAAGCACAUCUUACCCACGAUUUUCUUCACAAGGUAGAAAAAGUCGCACAAGAUUUGGAUGAGCUGGAGGCAAUGAUAGAGCAUUUGGUGGACAAAAGUGAGGCAAAUGCUGAAACUAAGCAACAAAAAGGUGACGAAGAAAACUCUGAGCCUUCACGCCACUAAUUUGUUCAUCUUCUAAUGUAGACGCCAAAAAUAUAUAUAUUAAAAACUCUCUCUAUAUUUUUUUCCGUUUAUUCUUUCCAAUAACUUGUGUACAAUAUUUUUUGAUGAUAUAUAUUAUCGAAGGUAUAA